AUGAACAUCUUCCACCUCCUCGCCAUUUUCAUGGCCCUGCUUCUUUCUGAGACUGCUGCUCAAGCCGUAAACGCCAAAACGAUGCAUUCUAUGCUCACCCCAACCAACUUAAGUGUCAUCUUCUACACUCUGCCAGACUACCGCAUCUUCGCGGGACGAGGACUUUUCAGUGCAAACAUCGAGAAUGAGAAGCCUCACCACAUCAACAACCUGAUCGACCCAACCUAUAUCCAAUCCAUCGAAGUCAUGCCUGGACUUGAGCACUGCUUCUUCUUCUUUGACGAGGACUGCAAGAAUCAAGUCGACUCGAUGUCGUGGCCAGGCAGGCCCAAUCUGAACUGGACGAGUCUCACCAACUCGUCGAUGUUCUAUUGCAACUUCACUUCUGACAAUACGAACAAGCCGGCAAACAAGAUCCAGGACGGACGACGUCGCGGGAAGAUUGUAGAGCCCCUGGUGAGGAGCACACCUUUUGAUUUGUGA